AUGGAGGCCACACACCGCCCUCGGCAGCUCGUGCAACUGUUCUAUCUCCAGUUGGCGUUGGUAUUAGGAGACCUGCACAUCCCACACCGGUGCAACAGUUUGCCAGCUAAAUUAAAAAAACUGCUGGUACCAGGAAAGAUUCAGCACAUUCUCUGCACUGGAAACCUUUGUACCAAAGAGAGUUAUGACCAUCUCAAGACUCUGGCUGGUGAUGUCCAUAUUGUGAGAGGAGACUUUGAUGAGAAUAUGAAUUAUCCAGAACAGAAAGUUGUAACUGUUGGGCAGUUCAAAAUUGGUUUGAUCCAUGGACAUCAAGUUACUCCGUGGGAAGAUGUGGCCAGCUUAGCCCUGUCGCAGAGGCAGUUUGAUAUGGAUGUCCUUAUUUCAGGACACACACAUACAUUGGAAGCAUUUGAGCAUGAAAAUAAAUUCUACAUUAAUCCAGGUCCUGCCACUGGAGCAUAUAACGCCUUGGAACCGAACAUUAUUCCUUCAUUUGCGUUGAUGGAUAUCCAGGCUUCUACAGUUGUCACUUACGUGUAUCAGCUAAUUGGAGACGAUGUGGAAGUAGAACAAAUCGAAUACAAAAAAAGGAAUAAUGGAACAAGAACCAUCUUUGAGCGAAAACCUGAGCAACACCUAAGCCCCCAGCAACAGGUGGGUUUUAUCCUUGAGAGCUGGGGCACUGGGCCACAGCCAAGCGAAAGAGCUGAGUGGAGAGUGCUGGACUGCACUGAAGAGAGUGGUGAGCGGGGACCCUCACCUCCAGCAGAGACCAGUGCAAAUGCCCUUGCAAGAAAAAAGUGUCUUCAACUUUAA